ACUCUGUUUCAAAAUAACCGCCAACACCUCAAAUACACACACAGAAACUACUUCUCUGCUUUGUCUCCCAAGAACUUUCUUUCCUCUCCAACAAACCUCUCCAAUGGCGUCUUCUCUCUUCAUCAUCUUCUUCCUCACUAUACUUCCCCUCUCAGUUCUCUCCGCCACAGUACUCGAAGACCUCGCAAACCUCACUCCCCCUCCCGACUUCACCAACACCAUCACCCAAAACUGCAUCCGCAACCCACUUCUCCGCUACUGCAACAACACUUCCUCUUCCUCUUCCUCUCCCAUGGACAUCGUCGAGAUCUUCCGCUCCACCAUCGUCGCAAGCCACCUCUGCAACGAGUCCAAAAACCCCAACUGCGUCGAGUCUUUCCCCAAGAUCAGAAUCCACAGCCGCCCCAAAACCGCCGCUCUCUACCUCUCCUUCGACUUCUUCUGGAAGUACUGUCCCUUAACCGUCGUCGAGAUCGAUCUCGUCAACAACUCUCUCAACAGCGAGUUCCCCACGAACGUCCUCUCUUGCGCUCAGCUUCGAACCCUUGACCUGAGCUACAACCAGCUCUCCGGUUUCGUCCCGGUUCAGAACCUAACCGGUUUAGCGAACUUGACGCGUUUAAACCUCUCGUAUAACCGUUUCUCCGAGGAUAAUAAGAUCUCCGACUCCGAGUUCUUCAAACGGUUCAACGCCUCGAGCUUCGUACACUCCGGUGUUCUUCCGGAUGCGAAGCGUUACAAGGUGAAGGUUCUAGUCUUGUUGAUUGUAUUUCCGAUAACGGUGAUCCUCCUCUGUUUCUGCUUGGGGUGGAUGUGUCUGAAAAGACCUGAUUACUUACCGAGAACGUGUCGGAGAAACCACAAGUUCACGUCCGAGAUGAUCGACGCGGCGACGGACGAGUUUUCGGACCAGAAGCUUGUGAGCAAGAGCGGUGGGGUGGAUAUUUUCAGAGGAACGUUGAGAGAUGGUACGGAGGCGAAGAUAGAGGUUUAUACGGAGAAGGUUUCGAAAGAGAAGAGGCGUGAGUUCGCGGAAGAGUGUGAGGCGGUUUUUAAGUUAAGACAUAAGAACUUUGUGAGAGUUUUGGGUUGGUGUAAUGGUAGAAGCUUGAGAGCUUUGGUUACUGAGUGGACUUAUGGUGAAAGUCUUGAGACUUGGCUGAACUCUUCUUUGGCUUGUUCGUGGAGAAGGAGGCUAAGAGUUGUUAUGGGAGUUGUGGAUGGUUUGUUUUAUGUAUCGGAACAUUGGCCUGAGGUUACACUUGGUCUUAGCACAAGCAGUGUUUUGUUGUCGGAUAAGGAUCAAGAACCGUUGAUCUCCCAGUUCAAGAUUGGAGAUGGAAACAACUCAUCAACAAAUAUAUUCAACUUUGGAUUGUUUCUUUUGGAGAUGAUUACGAAUCUAAGACCUGAUGAGGCACAAGAAGAUUCAGACAGGAGGUAUCUUGAGUACAUAAGAGUUCAUUAUCCGGAUAAUCUAGAGAGAGUGAUUGAUGAGAAGAUGAAGGUUGAGGAGAGGAUGUUGGAGAAAGUCAAGCAAGGGAUUACACUUGGACUUAUGUGUACUGAUAAGCCACCAUUGAAGCAACCGAGCUUGACGCAAAUUUAUGACUUGGUGGUUUCUUUGUAUGAGUCUAGCUCAAGGCAUCAUUGAGAUAGUGUUUAGUUUAGGGUUUGUUGAAGAAUUUAAGCUUUUACUAUUUAGUUUUAAAUUUUCAGAUGUUUAAUGGGAUUUCUACGGAUUUAAAAAAACAGAUUUUGUGUUA